AUGGAUACCUCCCUUCCCUCUCUCACAUGGAAUGUUUCACUCAAUGCUUCAGGGAGCCCUACUACAGCAAAUCCCCAUUAUGGGGCCCUUUUCAUAAUGCUUCUUAUGGACCUACUGGCAGUAGCUGGGAAUGUGGCUGUCAUGGGGGUCAUCAUGAAGACUCCAUCCCUCAGGAAGUUUGUUCUGGUCUUCCACUUGUGUGUGGUGGAUCUCUUGGCUGCACUUACACUUAUGCCCUUGGCCAUGUUGUCUGGAAGUGGAGGCCCAUCCCUGUAUGAAAUCCAGGGAUUAGGACAAAUGGCUUGUCGUGCAUACUUGUUCUUGAGUGUCUGUCUUACCAGCACUGGCAUACUAUCAAUCUCUGCUAUAAAUAUUGAGAGAUAUUACUAUGUGGUACAUCCCAUGAGGUACCAGGUCAAGAUGACCAUGGGACUAGUCAGUUGGGUACUAGCUGGAGUCUGGAUUAAAGCUGUUCUCACAUCCCUUAUCCCUGUUUUAGGAUGGAACCCUCCUGUCCCUGGACAUUGCAGUUUACAGGCAGGUGGCAACAGUGUCUUCCGAGCAGGAUUUCUUCUCUUCUAUUCCUCCUUUUAUUUCUUACUGCCUCUCAUCAUCAUCAUUGUUGUGUACUGCAGCAUGUUCAAGGUGGCACGGGUAGCUGCUCUCCAUCAAGGGCCUCUGCCCACUUGGAUGGACACUUCACCUCAGCGCAGGCGCUCAGAAUCUCUCAGCAGCCGUUCCACCAUGGUAACAGGCUCAGGAGCCACACGUGGAACUCCUCAGCAACAAGUGACAGGUGGUGGUUCUGGAAGUGGUGGGAAGGCAGCAGCUGUAUUAGCUGCAGUAGGGGGUCAGUUUCUAUUAUGUUGGUUACCUUAUUUUGGCUUCCAUUUAUAUGCUGCACUGCGGUCUCCACCUCCACCCCCUGGAUCACGAAUGGAAUGGAUUGUCACAUGGAUGGGGUUUCUUUGCUUUGCCUCUAAUCCAAUAUUUUAUGGUUGCCUAAAUCGUCAAAUUCGUGAAGAACUGGGAAGGUGGGUUGGAUGUUUCUUAAAACGGGGUGGUACUGGGGAGGACGAACUUCGAUUGCCAAGUCGGGAAGGCUCUAUUGAAGAAAAUUUCUUGCAGUUUUUGCAGGGUACUGGCUGCCCACCAGACACUAGGGCAGUUGUUCAUAUCACCCCUAAAGGGGAUCAACCAGCUGUAGACUUCCGAAUUCCAGGGCAGAUUGCAGAGGAAACAUCUGAGUUCUUAGAACAACCAUGGGAUUUGACAGCUGUGGGCAAAGACUAUAUUAAUACUGAUCCAUCUCCAAAAACAUGA